AUGAGAUAUCAACAAUGGCGAUUGCUGCUUCUUCGAAGCUACCAUCGAUCUCAUCUUCCUUACCCUUCUCCUUGUUCUCAGUUUCUUCAGGUAACCUCCAUUUCCACCAGAUCUAUCUCUUCUUUCCCUCAUUCUGAGAUCGGAGCUUUGCAACAAAGCGAAGAGCUUCGUUCGUUAAGAUCCCCAAUGACGAGCUCUGCAUCUCUGGUGAAAUCACUGGGUCGAAGCUUCUCCUCCGAGCCUGAGAUUAAGGAGAAACCUGCUGCUGAGUCUACCGUGAUUGAUAUCUUUAGCAGAUUGAGUGUUGAGGAUGAGAUUAAGAAAGAGUUGGAGUCGAGUGAUAUCGUGAUUAGUCAAGAUUUAGCUUUGAAGGUUUUGAGAAAGCUCGAAUCGAAUCCAGAUGUUGCGAAAAGGUUUUUCCAGUGGAUUACGGAGGCUUCUCCUGAGGAACUUACCUCGAAAAACUAUAACAUGAUGCUGCGAAUUCUGGGUGGUAAUGGACUUGUUGAUGAGUUUUGGGGUUUGGUUGAUGCUAUGAAGAAGAAAGGACAUGGUUUAUCAGCUAAUGUUAGAGAUAAAGUGGGCGAGAAAUUUGAGAAAGAUGGGCUUGAGAAUGAUUUGGUGAGGCUGAGAAAGCUUUUCGCUUCAGAUGUUUUAGAUAACUCGGCGGAGAAAGUUUGCGAUAAGGUGUGUAAGAUUGUGAUGAAGAAAGAAUGGAAUGAUGAUGUGGAGAAACGGGUGAGAGAUUUGAAUGUUGAGUUUCAAAGUGAUUUAGUGAAGAUGAUUGUGGAAAGUCUUGAUGUGGAACCUAGGAAAACUUUGUUGUUCUUCCGGUGGAUUGAUGAGUCUGGUCUCUUUAAGCAUGAUGAGAAAACCUAUAAUGCUAUGGCUAGGGUUUUGGGAAGAGAGAAAUUUCUCGAUAGGUUUCAGAACAUUGUCGUAGAAAUGAGGAGUGCUGGUUAUGAAGUGGAAUUAGAGACGUAUGUUAGAGUUUCGACGAGGUUCUGCCGGACUAAAUUGAUCAAGGAAGCUGUUGAUUUGUUCGAGGUUGCAAUGGCGGGUAGUAGUAGUAACAAACCCACCCCACACUGCUUCUCUUUGUUGCUUAAGAAAAUUGUCACUGCCAAGAUUCUAGAUAUGGAUUUGUUUUCAAGAGCUGUGGACGCGUAUACCACUAAUGGUAAUGUUUUGACGGAUGCUAUGUUAAAAUCUGUCUUAAAGUCCUUAAGCAGCGUAAAUAGGGUUGCCCAUAUCAUUGAGGUGUUGAAAGCAAUGAGUAAAGGAGGCUAUGUUCCGAGUAGUGAUCUGCAGAGCAUGAUCGCAUCAGGGCUUAGUCGUAAGGGAAAGAAAGACGAAGUCGAUGAACUUGUAGACUUUAUGGAAGCAUCUGGAAAUAAUCUAGAUGACAAGGCAAUGGCAUGUCUUGUUGAAGGGUAUUGUGAUUCCGGGGAAUUUGAGGAAGCUAUAGUGAGUUUCGAAAAAAUGGCUGGAAAACCGGGAGUCUCCUAUGCUGAUGAUGCAUUGGAGAAGUUGGUUCAUGUUUACUGUAACAAGAAUCAGGCGAGGGAUGCAUACAAGCUGUUGAGUGCACAAGUAAAGCAAAAUGAGCUGAAACCUCGUCAUAGCACGUACAAACUCUUGGUGAAGAAUCUGUUGACGAAGAAGAUUGCAAGAGAUGGUGGGUUUGAAGAAGCUUUGAGUCUACUACCGAUAAUGAAAGAUCACGGGUUCCCUCCUUUCGUUGAUCCAUUCAUGAAUUACUUCUCCAAAACUGGAGAAAGCAACGAAGCUCUCGGUUUUCUGAAGGCUAUGACCUCGAAGAAUUUUCCAGCUACCCCAGUGGUUCUGCGUUUAUUCGAGACUAUGAUGAAGUCAGCAAGGCACAGUGAGGCACAGGAUUUACUCUCUGUGUGUCCAAACUAUAUCCGCAACAAUCCAGAUGUUCUAGAACUCUUCAAUUCCAUGAAACCUAAUGAAUCUGCUGUAGAAAAACCAUUGGCUUCUCCUGCUUAG